AUGGAUCCUUACAAUAAUCGUAAAGCGUUGGUACAUUUUAUAUCAAUCUUGUCAGACCCUGCAGUGGUUGAUUGUCUAGAUGUUCAUGGAUAUAUCCUCACAUUGUUGGUUAUACUCAUCAAACAAUGUGACUCUCUUGGUAGAACUUCAAAUGAUCCAUCUAUUCAUUCUUAUUUUGCAAUUCCCUUUAAUUUACUUUAUUAUAUUUUAAUUUUAUUUAAUUUUAAAAAUAAUCAAUAUAAUUUAGAUUUAUUAAAAAGUAAAUUAAAGUUGGUUCAAGAUAUAUCAUUUGAUAAUCCAUUUAUCAAAUGGAUUUAUGAUACAUUUAGAGAUACUGAAGUUGGUUUUGAUUCAUCGUAUCAAGAAUCAUUACAGUAUUUCAUUUCAUCAUUAUUGGAAAAUAAUGUUGAUAAUAUUCAAACCAAAAUUUUAAAUGAUCAUUCACCAUGGCAAAUUGUACAUAAAUUACCUCAAGUAUUAUUCCUUUUAUAUAGUUGUUCAGAGAAGAAUCUAACAAGCUCCUAUGCCAUCUCUGAUAUGAUGUCAACGUUUAUUAGAAUCGUUCCCUAUUCAUCGAUUGUUAUCUUUACAUCGUUGGCAAAAACACCAAUGGCCAUUGACACUGAAUUGAUUCAAACAGUCCUCUCCAACUUUAAUACAAAUAAUAAUAAUAAUAGCAAUAAUAAUAACGGUAAUAACAAUAGUAAUGAAACUGGUGGUGGAAUGUCUGAAUUGGAAAUGCCAAUUACUCUAUUUAAUUCAAAAUCAAGAGAUUCUUCUUUUCAAUUAAAUCAUCAUAUACCAGAAACUUUGAAUUUAAUAUUAUAUCCAGUACUUUUUAAAUGUAUUUUUACUAAUCCAAGUGAUAGUAAUCAACAUCAAUCAUGUUUAUUUAAAAACCAACAGCAACAGCAACAAAUGGGAACAGACAUUAUUAUGCAACUAUUCCGCUGUCCCAACACAAUCACCAUGUUACGAUUACUUUUCCAAUCUAUUCUUCAACCUUGUUCCGAUCCCAACAACAAUGCGCCACCACCCAUCAAACUGACCGAUAUCCCCACCGAUCUCUUGCGCGUAUUUAUUGAAAGAACAGAUGUACACCACUUUGUCGAUGCACUUGCCACAGUCGUCCUCUCUAGUAUCGUAAACACUGUCGAUAUUUCAGAAAACAAAUUUGAAAGUAUAACUUCUUCAUUUUUACAUUUAAAUGAUACAGUUAAAACGAUUGAAUUGGGAGGAUAUAUAUUAGGAACAAUAGUUGGAAUUGAAUCAAUAUCAAUUCUUUUCAAUUCUAUUAUUCCAAUCAAUUCCAAAACACUUUUAACGUCAUCGUUAAAGGGACAAUUAAUAUCAUACUUUUGCUUCAACACGCUCAUCAAUGCCAAUGCAUCGUUUUACAUUUCUCAAAACGAUCGAUACAUCACCUCGGUCUUGGCAAAAUUCUUUAACGUCAUCAACAGCUGUGCCAAGAAGCUAGUGGUUUGUGAAGAGAAAUCACUUCAAUCCUAUAUAACUUCUCUACUCUCUCUAUUUAUUCACUUGAACAAAUCCUUGAAAUAUAAUUUAAUCAGUAGUAGCGGCGGUAAUCAACUUUAUCAACAGACAACAACAACAACAACAAAGACCAGCAAAAAACAAUUAAAUUACAACAAAAACAACAAGAAUCAUGAUUCAAUCUUUUCCAUUAUACCAUCCAACCAAUUUGAUGAAUUAUUAAUAUCAAUCAAUUCAAUAUCAAAUUAUUUCUUAGCAGGUUCCAUUUAUACCUAA